ACCAAAAAUCAUUUCCAAACCCUAAAACCCUCGUCCUCCCAGCCUUCGCUAGCACACACUCUCUCUGCUUGAGUCCCCACUCAACCAAACGAUGCAUUUUCUUUCCCGUCUCGUUCACCGGUUCUCCACCGUUGCCACCUCCACUUCCAAUGUCGGCUCCAUCAGCACGGACCUGUACAAAGAAAAAGAUCUCAAAAGACUGGUGGAUAAGUUUAAAAGAUAUUCCGACCUUGAACGUUUCCGCACCAAAACGGGCAUUUACAAGGAAACGGUUCGCCGCCUGGCCAAUGCUAAACGCUUUAGAUGGAUAGAAGAGAUACUAGAACACCAAAAACAGUACAAAGACGUGUCUAAGGAAGGUUUUUCCGUCCGCCUUGUGGCUCUGUAUGGACAAGCUGGUAUGUUUGAUAAUGCUCACAGGGUGUUCAAGGAAAUGCGUGAACGAAAUUGCAAGCAAACGAUUUUGUCGUUUAAUGCUCUCUUGGGGGCAUGUGUUAACUCCAGGAAAUUUGAUAUGGUUGAUGGGUUGUUUUCAGAUUUGCCAAAGAAGUUGGGGAUAGAGCCUGAUCAAGUAUCUUAUAACACGGUUGUUAAGGCGUAUUGUGAGAUGGGUUCGUUGGAUUCAGCAAUUAUGUUGCUUGAUGACAUGGAGAAGAAGGGUGUGGAGCCAGAUAGGAUCACGUUUAACACUCUUUUACAUGCUUUUUACAUGAAUGGACGGUUUGGAGCCGCUGAGAUGAUAUGGGAAAGAAUGGCAAAUAGGAAUAUUACACCUGAUAUUAGGAGUUAUAAUGCCAAGUUGUAUGGAUUGGCAAUGGAGAAGAGAACAAAAGAAGCUGUUGAGUUAGUUGAAGAGAUGAGGUAUAAGACAAUUAAGCCAGAUGUCUUUAGCUUUAAUGCUUUGAUAAAGGGGUUUGUUAAUGAGGGGAAGUUGGAGGAAGCUAAGUGGUGGUAUGAUGAAAUUGAGAAGAGUGAUUGUGCUAUAAACAAAGGAACUUUUACAAUACUCGUUCCCUUAGUUUGUGAGAAAGGUGAUUUGGAUUUUGCUUUUGAACUCUGCAAGAAGAUUUUUGGUAGGCGGUGCCUUGUUGAUGAGGAAUUGUUGCAGCUUGUUCUGGAUUCAUUGGUUAAGGAGUCCAAGAUUGAGGAGGCAAAAGAGUUGGUGGAGCUUUCAAAGACGAAUGAUUACUGUCGUUACAAUCUGAAAUUUUCUUCAAAUGAGUAAUACAGUGUCUUUCAAGCUUUCCUUCUUUUGUUUGUUUUCUUAUGGAUUAGAUCCUUGUGAAGUUUUAUCUCCCUUAGUAUCACUGUCAAAUUUGUAGGAGUAUGGCAAUGAUUUUUUUUCUCCAUGUUUUCCAUAAUCAAGCUGAUGCGAAACUGUUUUGAUGUUUGAGUUAUUUAUGCUUUAUACUUGAAUAUCAAUUAUGUUAUGCAGUUUUGAUGGUA